AUGUCGUUGAAAAUUGUGAUGAUAUUUUGCGCAGAGAUUGGGCUAGGCUUGACCGGAUUUGGUGUCUUCUUUACAUUCCUGGGAGUCAUAUUUGUGUUUGACAAGGGACUCAUCGCCAUGGGAAAUAUACUCUUCUUAGCGGGUGUCACUCUAACCAUUGGGAUUCAACCAGCCAUCCAAUUCUUUACAAAACGGCGCAACUUUAAGGGAACUAUAUCAUUUGGUUUGGGUUUUUUGUUGGUUGUAUUUGGAUGGCCUAUUCUCGGUUUGCUUCUUGAAUCUUAUGGAUUCGUUGUCCUCUUCAGUGGUUUCUGGCCUACCCUCGCUGUAUUCCUUCAAAGGAUACCUAUACUAGGCUGGCUUUUGCAGCAUCCAUACAUCAGAUCGCUGCUGGAUCGUUACCGUGGAAGGCGUGUUCCUGUCUAA